CACUACGGGAAGCCUCGGAGCUCAUUCACUGACAGCACGCUCUUUCCCAGAAGCCUUUCCUCAUAUUGUACACAAUCAUCAUGGCGGCGCAGGAUGGAAGUGAGGUAGUAGGAAUGGAGGCUGAGGUCACGCAGAAGGUACCAGAAGUGGUGUGCGAAGCUGCUGGACAAGAAGAUGCAGCAGGGACUGAACAAGCAUCUCUUACCGAUGGCGAAAGCACGUCAGCUCAGCCCGCUGCUGUCAGCAACGGAGAGGAAAGUGACGAGGGGAAAGAGAUGGUGGAAGUGAAAAUCAUUUGGAACAAAAACAAAUAUGACCUUAAAAUUCCUUUAGAUGGCACCGGUGCUAAACUGAAAGAGAAGAUUCACACUCUCACUGGUCUUCCACCUGCUAUGCAGAAAGUGAUGUACAAAGGACUGCUACCAGAGGACAAGACGCUUCGAGAAAUCAAAGUUACAAAUGGUGCAAAGAUUAUGGUGGUUGGAUCUACAAUAAAUGAUGUACUAGCUGUAAAUACACCAAAAGAAGUUAUUCAGCAAGAGGUUAAAGCUGAGGAGAACAAAAAGGAGCCAUUGUGCAGGCAAAAGCAACAUAGAAAAGUUUUGGACAAAGGAAAACCAGAUGAUGUCAUGCCAUCUAUAAAAGGAGCUAAGGUAUGCAAAACCUUGUGUAAAAUGAAUUUAUCAGGAAUGUACAACAAAUCUGGCGGAAAAGUACGACUCACAUUUAAACUGGAACAGGAUCAGUUGUGGAUCGGAACAAAAGAAAGAACAGAAAAAAUCCCGAUGGGUUCCAUCAAAAAUGUUGUGACUGAGCCAAUAGAGGGUCAUGAGGACUAUCAUAUGAUGGCAUUUCAGCUGGGUCCGACAGAAGCCUCACAAUAUUGGGUCUACUGGGUGCCUGCACAGUUUGUUGAUGCAAUCAAAGACACAGUUCUCGGAAAAUGGCAGUAUUUUUAACGUGCCUCUAUAGACACUGAAGAAUUGGGAUUCAGAGCAAAAGAUUGAUAACAUUAACUGGAGCCAACACAAUAAUCUGAAGAACCGAUUUUUCUGAAGUAUUUCCAGAGCAAACCGAAGGAUUGCUGUUGGACAAAAUAUUUUGGGGGUUUUAAGUGCACUAAGUGUCAGCAUCCCGUUUUUCAAACUGUUUCACCACUCGUUUUGUUUUUUUUUAAAGCAAUCCCAAGCAUAAACAGAAAAUUGUACAGAACUUUGCAUAUACAUUUCUCGUAGUUAUUCUGAAAGAAAUAAAAAUUAUUUAAGGAAAAUGAUUGAUGCAGUAGAAAGAUUUUAUCUAGUAUAUUCCUUGGUUUACCAUACAACUCAAGCAAUCUUGCCAAAGUCGAUAUAGUUCACAGUUGUUAGUUUUACAGUCAGCUUUUAUGAUUGCACAGAUUAUAGUUUACAUGUAAAGCAGCAGCAAUGUAACACUCAAAUAUGGUAUUAAUCAAGGUUAAAAGAGCAUUGUUGCAUU